GUUUUCCCUCCUGGUCUUCCCUGUAAGCCUCUUUUGGCGGAAGUUGUGUGUGGUGGGGGAGAGAUCCGUCGCAAGGUUCGAGGCUCGCAGAAGCGCAGCUGACUUGUGACCGACUUUCCGACAUCCGUGGGACCGGUCUUGAUCCUACAAGGCUUUGGUUGCCGCCGUGUUUGUGUCUACGUACGUGCAGUACAUCGCUUUCUUUAACCUCAUCCGUGUGUCCAACACCUGUGACUGACGCCCUUCUUUUGAAGCGCUAGCUGCGGGAGUGUGUGAUUCGCCUGAUAGGUACGUACGUCAUAUGUCAAAGGCAGCCAGGUGCACAAACGCACAUUCUGUUCCUCCCUCCGGCCUGGCCUGUGUGACGCUGCCUGCGUCCUUCAGGUGUCUGCCAGUCUGUCUGUCUGUGGGUGUGUUGUGCGUCAUCGAUGACGACGUACGUCAAGGAGCACACGUUUGAGCAUGACUGGGGCACUGUCACGAGCGCCCACUGGCGCAAGUACCCCAACUCUCUCCAGCCGCACGUCGUACAGGUCGACACCGUCAACCGGGAAAUCGACCCAGACAACAUGAGGUAGGUGCGGUGCGUCCACAUGCAGAAAGCAGCCACUCGACCACUCACCCACACCACACACGCUCAUCCACGCUUCCGCUGCCUGUGUGUCUGUGUGGUGUGGUGUGGUGUGGUGUGUGUCAGGUUUCGCACUCGCCGUUUGUUGUCGCUCAAGUACCGCAUCCCGUCGUGGGUGCAGAUGCUGUUCGGCUUCAAGCUGGAGGGGCUGGCCGUCGAGGAGGCCGACUGCGACCUGCUCAACGGCACCCUCGUCCUCCGCUCCCACAACCACACGUUCAGGUCGCUCUUCCGAUGCGACGAGACGUGCACUUACAGGGUGCACCCUGACAAUCCACAGUGGUCAGCCAGUACUGCUGGCACAUGGAAGGGCUGCUGGAUCGACCGACGACACGAUGGGUGCUCUGUGUGUGUGUGUGUGAUUGCAGGACGUUGUAUCGUCAGGAGGCGUGUUACCACGUGAUGGGCUUCGGCAAGACCCUCGGCAAGCGGCUGGAGAAGAUGGCCAUACAAUCUGCAGGCGAGAAAUCGGACAGGGUGCGUCAAAACACACACACACACACACACACACACGACAUAGACACAUCCAGCCAUCCCAUCGAUCCGCUGUGCGUGCGUGUGUGUGUGUGUGUUGGUCAUUCAGGGUAUCGAGGUGGUGUCCGCCCUGGCCCAGCAGAUCCAGGAGCACGACCCUCUCCCCCCGUUCACCAUCCCCACCAGGAGGCCUCCAGACAACACGCAAACCGACGCCACAGCCGACAACGGCAACAGCCCCUCCCGGCUGCCAUCUUCCCUCUCCGCCUCCCCAGUCCCCUCCCAGUUCCCAUUUUUCCCCUCACUCUGCCUCGCGUCUUUCGCCAGCUCCCUCAACUCGCUUCUGGGGAGGAGGCAUCAUAGUCAAUCUGGCGAGGACAGGGGGGCCGCGCUCAGCGCAUGGUGGGGCACGGGAGUGGCCGUGGCGGCCGCUGCGGGGGGGCUGAGGGCGCGGUUGUUGUCCACGGGCAAUGCGGUGGGGCGAUCGAUGUCUUAUGCACUUUUCUAUUGAGGGGUCGAGUAGAGGGGGGCCAGUGGGGGGAUGUGAUGGCAUGGCUGACUGGCAGAGUGAGGGAGAGGGAGAGCCAAGGCAAGGCAAGGCAGGCAGGCCGUGUGAGUAUUUUUGUGGCCGGCGGUGUGAUCCUCACUCUAAUACUAGAGCGAGAGAUGAAUGAGAUGGGCGGGUGGGGUGUGGUGGGGCUCAAUUGAAGGAGGAAGGCUGGUGUGCUGGGGUGGAGUGUGGUGUGGUGUGGUUGGGGAGAGGGGGCUUGAUGAGCUGUCGCGUUUCUGCAGCUUGAUGAGUGAACUCCCUUUUCGCCUUCCCUCCCUUGUGUUGGUGUAAGUGUCUGGUGCUGGCGCUUGUGUCGUCAGCAGCUGCACCAUCGGCCAGGUUCAGCUACUGACGGCACGGGUGGCUGCUAAAGGCGCAGCACCGCCAAGGGGGAAGGUCGGUGUGGCCUGGAUGACGGACUGCGAGGCAGACAGACAGUCUGUGUUUGGCACUGGUAUUCGAGCGGUCCUCCUAAUGUGUGAGGGUCUUCCUGGCGAGCGGUCCUCCUAAUGUGUGAGGGUCUUCCUGGGCCUGAAAGCCUGGAGUUUGUCUGGCGUCUCGGUGUGUCGAGGCAGUAGACUGACUACGGGCAGGACGGCACAGGAAGGGCACCACACACACGGGGGAUAGAGAUUGAGACACUGCUAUGGCGACAACACACAAAGGAGUGAACCGCUGCUGAGAGGAUGCGACAUGGAUGGAUGGAUGGAUUGGCCAGCAAACUCGAGCUGUUGAAUUGUCACGUACGUACGUUUAAGUAAGGCAUGCACUGCACGCUCACACACAGCGAGCCAUGAGAGAGUGUCAAUCAAUGUCUG